AUGGUUGACACCAAGAAUGCAACCCCUCGACCGUCCACUUUCCUAAUAUGGACGCCGGCGGGUAAAGGGGAUAAGAAAGAUCAGGUCUUUCGCCGGCACCGGCAUGCAGCCAUUGUGCAUCAUCAAAGGCGCAAGAAGCGAGACGGUGCAUCAGAACCUCGUAUCUCUUCGACGAUCCUCCUCAGCAAGCCAGUACUGAACCCUCCUGAGCCCAAUAAUACGCCCCCAGACAGCGAAAACAGUGAAUCAACAGGUUCGGAAAAUGACUUUCCAAUAGUAGAGCCGGCUUCUGGUCGUCUCGAUCCGUUUGAUGUUCUUUGCAUUCGGGGUUUCCCCAGCGAAGCCUUGGCUCUGUUCCAAUCAGCAAUCAAGAAUCAAUGGCCUGCAUUUGCAUCGUCGAGUCACCCACGAAUCAUCGAGAGAUGGAAGUCAACCACUACGCACCUCGCAAUGGAAACGCCCUACUUGCUCGAAGCCAUCACAUAUGCAGCUUGUUGCUACCAACUGUUCUUUGGCUCAGGGAAUAGCUCUACCGAAUUUCUCCGUCUGAAUUCUCAUCAGCAAGCGGUUGUAUACCUCCGAGAAGGUCUUGCAAGCAAUGGGGGAAGUGUUACGGAUGCAAUGCUUUUGUCAAUGGCCAUUCUCGGAGUGCAUACUUCGGCUUACCCACCACAGCAACGCCCGCAGAUGGGCGAUGUUGGUCACCGGGAUAAUGAUUUCUAUUCGAGUCAGACCUGGGAGCAAACUCACAUUAAUGCAGUCUUGCGCCUUACAACACAAAAAGGUGGAUUGCAGAGCAUUUCGAUCCCGGAAUUGCGAGAGAUGAUUCUCGUGAUUGAUACUCAAGACUCCUUGAACACACUGAGGAAGCCAAAUUUCCCUCUGGAGAAGACAACCAUUAGUAUGAUCCAGACUCUCCGCGCCAACUGGAGCUCGGAAAAAAAGAAACAAUUUGCAUCUCGCAAGAACGGCUUCAAGUGCUUACUUGAAGUCAAAGAUGCGGAAGAAUUGUUCAAACUGACUACCAGGAUCUGCAGCCUACUCGAAAGCUUUGAUAUGAUGAUGAAAAUGGGCCCACAAAGUGGAAUGGAUUUCCUCUUCGUCAUCGCUACCAGACGUUUUCUACAGCAUGAUGCGUUGUCACUGCCGGUAAAUAGUGAUUCUCUCCACAAGCUAUGUCGCCUUGCCGUUAUCACAUAUAUGGCUGAGUGUAUCGAGCCAUCAUCUUCUCAGUGGCCGAUGCACGAAGCCACCUCAAAGGCACUUAUGCUAGCUCUGGACGAAUGUGACAAGAUAGGCAUUGGGGAAACCCAACCAGAUCUGCUCCUUUGGGCAACGGUCGUCGGAGGGUUCGCAUCACGGGAGACAUACUUGCGUAACUGGUACCUCGAACAGCUCUGCAGUUACUCCUUGACAAAAUCCGGAGGGACAUGGUCCGCUGUACAGGAGUUAUCUGAGAGAUAUCUGCCUCUGAGAUACCGCCAAGGGCAAGGCUGUGCUUUGAUCUGGGAAGCCGCUCAUGCAUGGUUAUCGAAAGAUCGCUAUGCCCAACCAAUACGGAUACCCAAUGCGCCCCUGAUGCUGUGA